CGGGAACAACUUUUACCCCGAUUUUUGCCUUUAACGACUAACUUGCCUCCAGACCUUGUCGUAAAGGUACUUUUUUACCAGGAUAUUUUACUAAAACACAGUUUUUAGCUUUGCCUUUGUUUUAAUUUGCUGUUCAUCACCACAACCAUGGCGUGUGUGCCACGCGGUGUGCGGACUGCACAGGUCACUCAGAUGUUCCCAAAUGAAGUUUCCACAGAACAGGAGUCCAUGGUUGUGGUGAAGAAACUUCUGGCCAUCGCAGUGUCCAGCAUCACCUACCUGAGGGGGCUUUUCCCCGAGAAGGCCUAUGGGAGCAAAGACGUUGAAGGGCAGAAAGUGAUGAUUCUCAGGGAGGACCACAAAUUUCCUGCUGCCUGUCAGAUUGUUAAGUGGAUGCAUGGAUGCUUUGAUGCCCUUCAGAAGAAAUAUCUACGGACGAUAAUUUUGACUAUAUACACUGAUCCAGAGAAUCCCCAGAAAGUUACAGAGGUUUACCAGUUCAGGAUCAAGUACACCUCAGAGGGGCCUCAGCUGGACAUUGAGAACAACAACAACAACAAGGUGUCGGCAGUGAAAUGCAGCAACACUAAGAAGGCCAGCAUCCUGCUGCUGAGAAAGCUGUGCACUCUGAUGCAGAUCCUGGGCCCUCUGCCAGACAUCGUCUGCCUCAACAUGAAGCUGGCCUACUACGAGGAGGUCACUCCUCAGUCCUACCAGCCUCCAGGCUUCAAGGAGGGCAACUCUGACGUCAUGGAGUUUGAGAGGGAGCCGGUCAAGCUGAUGAUAGGCGAGGUGAUCUCCCCCUUCCACACCCUGAAGGUGAACAUGGCCACAGAGAGAGACAGGAUGGAGCAGGUGGAGGACGAGCCUCUGGGUUUGAGGGACAAUUGGCUUCUGAAGGUGGCGGAAGAAAGUGAUGGAUCGCAGAGUCAUAUGAUUGAAGACGUGGAGAAGCCUGACGAUGGAAACUUACUCAUGGACACCACCAAGGUGAGAUCAGAGGUCCAGGUGAGCUGCCACAAGAGGGUGGAGGUGAAUGAGGAAGGUCAAGUGGACUCACAGAUGGACACUCUGGUGAAGGAGACCUCUGACAUGGCGGUCGGCCUGAGGAGCACCAGGCGUGGAAGGGUCACCAGGUCCACCAUGAGGAAAAUCAGGGCCAACAAGAAGUCAUCACCCAUCCAGGACAAAAAGAUGUCUCAGUUUGAGUUCCCCGACAGCCAGGAGGUCCCGUCCUCCGCGGCGCCCAAGAGACGCAAAUUCAGCGAGCCCAAAGAUCGCUACUGACCUCGGAAACAACCGCAAACAAGCAUCUACUUCUGCCUCAGGGUUAAUGUUUUCAAAGUCUCAGUUUUGACUGACCACUCCUGAUGACAUGAACAUUUAAUUUUUAGAUAUUUUAAGGUUUGAUAUUUAACUCUGAUUUUAUUUUUUUAUUUUUUCAAUUGUUUAUUUGAAUGAAUUGGAAAUGUAGCCAGUGCUCCUACUCUAUUAUUCUAUAAACUGUAUCUACAAAGCCGUUUUUUAUUCAAUCAAAACAUUGUUUAAGUUGUCU